ACACCCCAUCUCCCUCCAUUGCCAUGGAUUUGGGCAGCCUGACCACGGUGGUUGCCAACUCUGCCUACAUCAAUGCCCGUGGCAGCUUCGAUGGCUCCAACCUGGAGGCCUUGCGUGACAAGAAGUACCACACCCGCCUCAAGCUGCCCCACAUCAGUGUGUGAGGGCCUCCAGGAAACCCUGGACAUGGCCUUCCAGUCAGUCUGCGUGGAGCAGCCCAUUGGCAAACGCCUGUUCCUUGAGGCGGCAACCGAAUACCACGGUCCUUGCCGGCUGUGGCGGGACAUUGAGGAGUACGACUUGGCAGAAGAAUCGGACCGGGCCCAGAAGGCAUCCAGGAUCAUCCAGCGCUACCUGGUGUCCUCAGCCAAGCUCUACUGUCUCUUUCUGACACCGGAGACUGUGACCCAGGUGAAGGAGGCCCUGCAGAUGGCUGGGGACAGCCUCUUUGCCCAAACACUGGCCUCAGUGCUGGGCUCCCUACACCUUCUUCCUGGAGAGAAUGUUCCUGAAGAGGUUCCUUCAGUGGAAGUGGCUGGAGAUGCAGCCCAUGGACUAAGACUGGUUCCUGGACUUCCGUGUGCUGGGGAAGGGGGGGUUCGGAGAGGUGUCUGCCUGCCAGAUGAAGGCCACGGGGAAACUGUACGCCUGCAAGAAGCUCAACAAGUAGAGGCUGGAGAAGCAGAAAAGCUAUGAGGUGAGAGGGAGGAGGGGGGGGGGGGGGUAGUUUGUCUUUGGUAUGCCCCACCUGAACUGGAGUCUCUAGUCUACUGAUGUUUACUGUUGUUGUGGUCAUCAACCUUUUGAGUCAAGAUCACUUAUGCAGUCAGAAAGCAAGCUGAGAUCUACUGCUCAUAAUUUUUUUACCUAAUAAAAACGUAUGUAGGAAUGAGGUUUGUGCAGUAGGCCUAAUACAUUACCACAGCAUAUUGGCUAAAUGCCUGGCAAUAUUGUUAUUCUCUGCAGGCCCUAUUAUAUUUCAAAACUCGAGCUUUGAUAACAAAAUAGAUCAGUUGGUGUAGCACUUGCGAGGCACAGCUGAGCAUAAAUUGAAAUAAUUUGCAAAUUAGCUUUUUUAAUUUACUGGACUGAUGUUACCUGCAUCUGAUGGUCAUUGUGCGUUCAAGACAACUGGGAACUCGGGGGAAAAAACGAUGGCAAAUCAUGACGCCAAGUGUACUUCAGGUCGGGAAGUCGGAGCUCUAGGAAGAUGCACGAGUUUCCGAGUUGGAUGACCGUUCUAAACGAUUUUCCCCAGUCGGAUCUCGCGGAGGGAGGGAGAGAGCAGCUGAGGUUCCGCAUCUCACGGUCGCUGCUCUCUCCUUCCUUUCCUCCGGAGACUGACCAGAGAAAGGGGACAGUGUUCCACCUGAUGGCGAAACUCGAGUCGCACCGCAUCUGCCUUAGGCACAAAUUCAUGUUGUUCCUAUGACCAGAGAAAGUGAAAUACUCCUAUAAAAAUAGACACGACGAGCUGCUAAUAAUAAUAAAAACGCAAGGCUAUCGAUACACUUGGCUACUCAUUCAUUGCAGCUGCAGCGUGAGUGGAAGUAGAGAGAAGCACGUUUUAUGUUUUGUAAUAGUGUUGAAUAAAACUUAGACAUGAACUCACUCAAGAAUAAAACAUAUUUUACAGUCUCUCUCUGGUCAUGGUUUAAAAACGUAUGAAAUCUCACGUAGGCUAGUAUCAAACAUUGUUGUGGCCAGGGUCUUGGAAGCUGUAGGAACGGUGAUUUGAGCUAUCUGAUUGGCCAGCGCAGUAGCCACAGAUCUCACGGUCCGCCGGGUAGGCGGAGUUUGUCUUCAGACAAAAUAAAUUGUUCAAAAUGGGAACGCUUUGCCUACCCUGUGCGCAGGGCUUCUGAAACUAGUGCACCUACCCGCAACAGCGCAACUCGAAAAAAGGGGCGCAAGCCUUUGCCUUUAUCAUUGGCUUUUCUACAGAAAUGUUUGGUGAUCGACUAGGAAUGCCUUGAAGAUCGAACAUUCAAUCGGUGACCACUGCUGUAGUUGAUAUGAGAGAGAAGAUAAUAUCCAAAGGGGAAAUUAGUUAAUAAGAAUACAGUAUGCUUCUGUAGACUAUUAAUGCUAGAUCAGGAUUGUAAACACAAUGACAUGGAGGGUAGUGCUACAGUGUCUGCCUCUGUGACUGUUAGAACCCCGUUAUCUCGAGUGGAAAUGGUUAUGCUCAUGGACUUACAUUUACAUUUUUAGUCAUUUAGCAGACGCUCUUAUCCAGAGCGACUUACAGGAGCAAUUAGGGUUAAGUGCCUUGCUCAAGGGCACAUCUACAGAUUUUUCACCUAGUCGGCUCGGGGAUUAGAACCAGCGACCUUUCGGUUACUGGCACAACGCUCUUACCCACUAAGCUACUAGCAGUUUUGAUGUAGGCUACAGUACCUGUUCUCCAGUAAGUGAUGAGGAGAUAAUGGUGUUAAUCACGUUUGCCUCUGUUUUAGCCCUCUGUAUUAAACACAGCACAGGGAUAGAGAGAUUACGGAGAGCUUUAGGGAAAGCUGUUCUCAAUGGAACUGCUGGGGAUGGUUAGUUCAUGUCCUUGACAUCUAGUCCAGGGCCCUGUUUUGAAAAUGGUUAAAAUACCUCAUUCCUCAUGACAAUCACUGAUAUAACGUGAAAGCAAGGAUUCCAUGUCAUAGCUUUCACCUAUCCAGCCAUGUUAGAUCAGUGAUUACUUCAAGGAAGGAAGGACGCAUUUUAAAAGUAAUCGAACAGGGACUACCGGUAUGAAUUUGUGAGUGAUGGUUGCUAUUGUCAUGUUUGUCCCCCUCCUCUACUUUAGGGAGCGAUGGUGGAGAAGAGGAUCCUUGCCAGGGUUCACAGUCUCGUUUCAUCGUGUCCCUGGCCUACGCUUUUCAGACAAAGGAUGAGCUCUGUCUGAUUAUGACCAUCAUGAAUGGAGGCGACCUGAAGUAAACGCAUGCACACACCACAGGAACUAUCCUAUUUGUUGUUUCUUGUGAUAGAUCUGUAACAUUUUUGUUCCCGUUCUGCCCCAGAUACAUUACAUUUACAUUUACAUUUUAGUCAUUUAGCAGACGCUCUUAUCCAGAGCGACUUACAGUUAGUGAAUACAUAUAUAUAUAUUUUUUUUUAUACUGGCCCCCCGUGGGAAACGAACCCACAACCCUGGCGUUGCAAACGCCAUGCUCUAUCAACUGAGCUACAUCCCUGCCGGCCAUUCCCUCCCCUACCCUGGACGACGCUGGGCCAAUUGUGCGCCGCCCAUGAGUCUCCCGGUCGCGGCCGGCUGCGACAGAGCCUGGAUUCGAACCAGGAUCUCUAGUGGCACAGUUAGCACUGCGAUGCAGUGCCUUAGACCACUGCGCCACUCAGGAGUAGAUACCACAUCUACCUGGUGGAUGAGAACAACCCAGGGUUUGAGGAGCCUAGAGCCUGUUUCUAUGCUGCCCAGAUCAUCCAGGGCAUGUGGAACAGGGUUAUAUUGGUGAUUCCCCUUGCCACUUUAUUGUUAAGCCAAUGGGUUUUUGGUUUUGUCUUGCCUUCACCUACUCAACAUGGCAUCUUAUUGGCUGGUUUGCGUAGCUUGCUUAAGAGGGAGGAUGUUUCAGUUAGAAUCGUCCCAGUGAACAAGCACCAAACCAGCGGUAAGUUGUUGGUUGCAAAGCACUGUACGUCAAAAGUGAUUUUUAUACUCCCAAGUGAUGAUGUAAAUGUAUAAUUUAUAUCAAUUUGUUUGUAAAUGUUAUUCGAACAUCACACAUAAGAUGCAGCGUUUUUUGGUGAAUAUUUGUUGUGCAUUUUGUUGUAGAGAAUUCCAGCUAAUACUAGCUAGCAACUUACUGUGUCUGGUGGGGGGUUUGUAUAUUUUGUACAGUGCGUGAGUGCAGAGUUGGAUGGUGAGCCGUGCAUUGCAUGACGUGCAAUUUUGUGCUGUUCCUAUCAGCUACAUUAUUAAAGAUAUUGUAAUUGUAUUAUUUUGGUAACUACAUGUCCCAGUGAACAAGCACCAAACCAGCGUGCGUGAGUGCAGAGUUGGAUGGUGAGCCAUGCAUUGCAUGACGUGCAAUUUUGUGCUGUUCCUAUCAGAAUAAAGCUCCAUGACUGGUGUUACAAGAUGGAGUUUGUGUUGAUGAUUGAUUGUACACAACGCAAGAAGAGUACUGUUACACAUGGAGCACCUUCACCAGAAGAGAAUCAUCUACAGAGACCUCAAACCUGAGAACGUUCUCCUGGACAAUGAAGGUACACACUGAGAUACACACACGUUUGUGUGAUGUGAUGCGACGUUGGCCAAAUGUUGUCCUUAGGUAAUGUGCGUGUCUCUGACCUGGGUCUGGCUGUGGAACUAAAAAAGGACCAGACAAAGAUCAAAGGCUAUGGCAGAACUCCAGGUCAGUCUCAACUGCCCGACCUCAUCUCACAAUGGGUCUCACGUUUAGUGUCUCCAAGAAGCGCCAUUCUGGCUCUUGUGACUGACCUUUUAACCUUUUGUCCUCUGCCCCAAGGGUUCAUAGCCCCGGAGCUGCUGAAGGGGAAGAAGUAUGACACCUCAGUGGACUAUUUCACCCUGGGGGUUACGAUGUUUGAGUUCAUGGCCGCCAAGAACCCGUUCAGGGAACGAGGGGAGAAGGUAACCCACUCUAUUCCUCCUCCCUUUCAUGCCUUCACUCUUCAAACUGAAAAGUGCACACUGGAUAAGUGUGAAGGCUAAUCCGUUUAAGUCAGAGGUCUCCAAUUCUGGUCGUGUUGUAGAGCCACUGGAGUCUGAAGGCUUUUGUUCCAUCUCGGCACUAACACACCUGUUUUUCAAUCUUCAUUCAUAGACCAUGAUUAUUUGACUCAGGUGUGUUAGUGCAGGGCUGGAACAAAAAUCUGUACACCCAGUAGCUCUCCUGGCCCGGAGUUGGUCUUUGAUGUAAUGUCUGUAACCUGCGGUCGUCUUCUGGUCAGGUUGAGAAGGAAGAGCUGAAGGAGUGCAUCAUGACCGGGACGGUAGUCUACCCAGAGACAUUCAGUGAGAACGGCAAGUCCAUCUGCUCUGGGCUGCUGGAGAAACAGGUGGACCAGAGACCAGGCUUCAAGAACGGGACCUGUGACGAGAUCAGGGCACACCCCUUCUUCAGCGGCAUCCACUGGAGGAGACUAGACGCAGGUAAGGAUGCUAAUUCCAAGUGAUAACUGAACCAAAUGGUAAAUUCUAAAUGUGGGCUGUAUUUGGGCCAUUAUAAUUUUGCUUGGUUUCUAUGUACAGUUGAAGUCGGAACCUUAGCCAAAUUCAUUUAAACUCAGUUUUUCACAAUUCCUGACAUUUAAUCCUAGUCAAAAUUCCCUGUCUUAGGUCAGUUAGGAUCACCACUUUAUUUUAAGAAUGUGAAAUGUCAGAAUAAUAGUAGAGAUAAUUAUUUCUUUCAUCUUUAAUUUCUUUCAUCACAUUCCCAGUGGGUCAAAAGUUUACAUACACUCAAUUAGUAUUUGGUAGCAUUGACUUUAAAUUGUUUAACUUGGGUCAAACGUUUCAGGUAGCCUUCCACAAGCUUCCCACAAUAAGUUGGGUGAAUUUUGGCCCAUUCCACCUGACAGCUGGUGUAACUGAGUCAGGUUUGUAGGCCUCCUUGCUCCCACACGCUUUUUCAGUUCUGCCCACAAAUGUUCUAUAGGAUUGAGGUCAGGGCUUUGUGAUGGCCACUCCAAUACCUUGACUUUGUUGUCCUUAAGCCAUUUUGCCACAACUUUGGAAGUAUGCUUGGGGUCAUUGUCCAUUUGGAAGACCCAUUUGCGACCAAGCUUUAACUUCCUGACUGAUGUCUUGAGAUGUUAAUUCAAUAUAUCCACAUAAUUUUCCUUCCUCAUGAUGCCAUCUAUUUUGUGAAGUGCACCAAUCACUCCUGCAGCAAAGCACCUCCACAGCAUGAUGCUGCCACCCCCGUGCUUAACAGUUGGGAUGGUGUUCUUCGGUUUGUAAGCAUCCCCCUUUUUCCUCCAAACAUAACGAUGGUCAUUAUGGCCAAACAGUUCUAUUUUUGUUUCAUCAGACCAGAGGACAUUUCUCCAAAAGUACGAUCUUUGUCCCCAUGUGCAGUUGCAAACCGUAGUCUGGCUUUUUUAUGGCGGUUUUGGAGCAGUGGCUUCUUCCUUACUGAGCGGCCUUUCAGGUUAUGUCGAUAUAGGACUCGUUUUUACUGUGGAUAUAGAUACUUUUGUACCUGUUUUUCCUCCAGCAUCUUUACAAGGUCCUUUGCUGUUGUUCUGGGAUUGAUUUACACUUUUCGCACCAAAGUACGUUAAUCUCUAGGAGACAGAACGCGUCUCCUUCCUGAGCGGUAUGACGGCUGCGUGGUCCCAUGGUGUUUAUACUUGCGUACUAUUGUUUGUACAGAUGAACGUGGUACCUUCAGGCAUUUGGAAAUUGCUCCCAAGGAUGAACCAGACUUGUGGAGAUCUACAAUUUAGUUUAUGAGGUCUUGGCUGAUUUCUUUUGAUUGUCCUAUGAUGUCAAGCAAAGAGGCACUGAGUUUGAAGGUAGGCCUUGAAAUACAUCCACAGGUACACCUCCAAUUGACUCAUAUGAUGUCAGUUAGCCUAUCAGAAGCUUCUAAAGCCAUGACAUCAUUUUCUGGAAUUUUCCAAGCUGUUUAAAGGCACAGUCAACAUUAGUGUAUGUAAACUUCUGACCCACUGGAAUUGUGAUACAGUGGAUUAUAAGUGAAAUAAUCUGUCUGUAAACAAUUGUUGGAAAAAUUACUUGUGUCAUGCACAAAGUAGAUGUCCUAACCGACUUGCCAAAACGAUAGUUUGUUAACAAAAAAUGUGUGGAGUGGUUGAAAAACUAAGUGUAUGUAAACUUCCAUCUUCAACUGUAGGUCAUCCCACAGCUGCCACAAAGACAGACUUCAGAAGCACACCAUCCCGCACCAUCCCGCCCUAUGAAGUUUCCUCUGCAAGUCUCUCUAACCCCCUCCCCUCUCUUCUACAGGCAUCCUGCUCCCUCUGUUUGUCCCCGACUCCAAGGUGGUCUACGCCAAGGACCUGGAUGCUGUGGGGGAGUUCUCCUCGGUGAAGGGGGUGGGGCUGGACGACCCUGACCGUGUGUUCUUUAACGAGUCCUCCUCUGGAAACAUCCCCAUCCCUUGGCAGGAGGAGAUGAUCGAGACCGGGAUCUAUGGCGAGCUCAACGUGUGGGGACACGCAGGCGCCAUUCCGAACGACCUGCGCAGGGAGUCUAUCUUGGAACAGCCCAAGUCAUCCACCUGCUGCUUGGCG